CGGAACUGGAGGGUAUUUUGAAGAAACAUCUCCGUCAGACGGUUAGCAAAUGAUCCGUGUGAAUAUGUUCAAUAUGAUUACUAACCUAACGCAUCAAACAUGGUUAUUAUCAUAGAUUUCCACAUGUAAGAAAGGUUUCAAAUUGCCAUUACUGCAUCUGAAACGCCGUUGAUGUUUUACCAUAUUAUCAAUACAAUGUAGGCUAGAUUAUUUUAGCUUAUCCCAUAACAGCAUAGUUAUUAUCGUUAAUUAAACUAAAGAAUUUACUGCACCGAUACAUUUCAUUUUGCUGAUCCUUGAGGAAUAUAAGUCCAGAGAAGCCAUGGCCAGUGUGCAUGAAAGUUUGUAUUUCAACCCUAUGAUGACCAAUGGGGUUGUCCAUGCCAAUAUCUUCGGUAUAAAGGAUUGGGUCACUCCAUACAAGAUCGCAGUAUUAGUUUUGCUCCAUGAGAUGUCCACAACCAAACCAAUGGCGCUUCUAGACAGAAGACGCCUGAACAAACUCAUCCUACCUUUACAACAGGGUCCAGAUUUGACUCUGGAGCAGUUUCUGAAGAUAGUAGAGGAGUGCUGUCUUCGCAUGGUCAAUGCUGUGAAACUCAGGUUGCUUUUGAUGGCUGAUGGAGAGUUGCAGGAUAUGGAGCACUUUUUUACUAUCCUGCCCAAUGCUUUCAGUGACUCGGAGGCAUUCAAAACUAGUGUUGUUGGUCUGUUCAUGCGUCAGAUGCUGCUGGCCUACAACAAACUGUCCUUCAGUCAGUAUUUGGCAUCUCUAGGCAUUCAGUCUCUGGUCAAGCAGGGAGCAAAACAGGGCAUGCCGGCCAACAAGCUGCUGGACGCCCUGCGAGGAACCGACAUCAUGCACUGGAAGCAAAGUCUCUCUGAGCUGAUAGAAAUCAGUCUGGCACAGACCACCUCUAUAUGGAGGAUGUAUGGCAAAAGCACUAUGGCACGGCAGCAGGCUCAGCUCCUGUUAAAUAUGAACAGUCUGGAGCCGGUGAAUUUUAGUGUGCAGCAGAACAACACUGAGGCCUUUGCUGUCGCUCUCUGCCAUCUGGCUGAUCUCCAUGCUGAGCAGGGCCUUUAUGCUGUUGUGAGUGACAUCAUGAAACACUUGAAGCAGCAGUUUCCUCCUCAUACCCAACAUGCCAAACUCUGGAUGCUGUGUGAUCUGAAAAUUCAGUUUGAGAAGGCUAUGAAUGAUGGGAAAUACCACUUGGCUGAACCCCAUGUCACAGCUAUCUCUGCCUUAAACAGCACUGAGGGAUUGUACAGGAAAGCGCAGCUGCUGAAAGCUCUGAAUCAGACAUCUGAAGCAUCUAAGAUUCUCCAGCAGCUGCAGCAGCAGUGUGAGAAGAGUAAGAACAUAGAGAUGACUAUCAGGGUGAUGCUGGCCUCUGCAGAACUUCACUGGGACUCGUCUGGUUUUGCGACAGCUCUGCCGUUACUCUUACAGGCUCUUUCUCUGUCACGCCAACACAACCUGCAGCGCUUGACCUCAGAGACGCUGUUACACCUGGCAUUUACACAGCUGAUGUUGGGGAUCCCUGAGCAGGCUCUUGUAUUGGUGCAGGACGUGUUGGAGUCAGUUUUGGCUCACGGGUCUCUGAUAGACAAGGGCAGAGCUCUGCUGCUGGCCGCUCGCUGUCAGAUGGCUUUAGCAGGAGCUGCUGCACAGGAACACAGACUGACUGCACUGGAACAAGCUGUGCACACUUUGGAUGAGGCAGCUGUGUAUUUCUCUCAGCUUGACUGUAAAGAGCGUAUGAGAGACAUACACUACCUACAGGCACGCCUGCAUCACACUCUCGGCAACAUUGCUCAGCGUAACAAAUGCUCCAUGCUCUUCCGCCUACUGGAUCAGGAGCUGCCGUCGUCCGGGAUGACUGUGGUCAGUCAUCUUUAGGAAACAUGAACGACACCAAACACUUUUCCUGUACCAUACGCAUAAUGGAAAUAAAUGUUUUUUUGUAU